AUGCUCAUGAGAUCAUUGAUCAGUUCUGGGUGUCACCAGCCAUGGGUCCGCUCCCUCCUCAACCUCCUCGACGUUUCCGCCACAGACCAGAUAGCGCGUGCCAGACGCAAAGGUCGUCCCAAAGCCCCGGCACCAACUUUCCAUCUUCCGUCUUCUCUAUGGGAUCGCACAUCCCUCCCAUUACUUCGACCUAAAGACUCUCAAGGACUUCCCAUGUCCGGCGCACCUGGUCUUAUCCUCUUCAAGUUCCACGUCGAUCCGCAGGUCCAGCGCGACAACCCUGACUGGGCAGAGGGAUUAUACGACACCCCACCCAUCCCCGACUCCGACGCUCUCUUCCCUUCUCUCUCCGAAGUUAUGUCCUCCGCAAGGCAUCAACAUCUAAUCAUCCGUGCUCAAAUAGCUAAACAAGCGGCCGAUGUGACUCCUCUUGGGCCAGAGGAGAUACAGGAUGUUCUGAAUCGGACUGAAGACAUGGACGUGGAUCCGGAUGGAAGUUUCGAGCUCGUCACUGAUGGUGGAGGGGCUACAGAAGGUUUAUCGACUUUGGUAGAUCUACAAGAACUUGGGCCUCCUUCCAUUGGAGAUGGACAGAUCGUGGGCCCUUCUCCUGGGAGUAGUGUUCGAGCUAGGAAACAAGCAAAGAGAUCAGCGGCCGAGUUACCGGGAGGAGCGGCAAUGCCUGUUGCUAAACGGCUUAGGGAUGAUGAGACGGGGGAUGAAGGUGGAGAACUGGAAGUGAUAGAAGAUGUUUCCUUUCUCGGGAUCUAG